GUCGCCCUUGCGCCAUCCUAUAUAUCAGAUGCUCACCGACUGGUUCAAGGGGCUCACUCUCGCCCUCUUCGCAGGUUUCGCACCCAUGGCCGACAACAGUACCAGCACCCUGCCAGUCAACGUCGGCGUGGUGCUCUUCCCCGGCUUCCAAGCCCUGGACGUCUUCGGGCCGCUCGACGCCCUCAACAUCCUCUCCAGGUCCUACCCCCUCAACCUUUCCCUCAUCUCUAGCCUCCCCACCCUCGAUCCCGUCUCCACUCAGCCGCCCGCCUCUGUCAACGCCAUCGUCGGCCCGCCCGCCGCCGUCUCCAACUUCUCCCAGUCCCUCGUCCCCACGCACACCAUCGACGCCCCGCCCGCCUCUCUCGACGUCCUCCUCGUCCCCGGCGGCCUCGGCACGCGCGCGCCCGGCCUCGAGCCGCUCAUCGACUACAUCGGCCGCACCGCGAAGGAGACAAAGUACGUCCUCACCGUGUGCACGGGCUCGUGGCUCGCGGCGCGCGCGGGCGCGCUGGACGGGAAAAACGCGACGUCGAACAAGCGUGCGUGGGCGGGGCGCGAGGGGCUGGGGAAUAACGUGAACUGGAUCAAGCACGCGCGGUGGGUGCAGGACGGGGAUACGUGGACGUCGUCGGGGGUGAGUGCGGGGAUCGAUAUGGUGCUGGCGUGGAUGGAGAGUGUGUUUGGGAAGGGGGUGACGGAGGACAUAGCGAAUGGGAUGGAGUACGAGCGGCACACCGAUCCGAACUGGGAUCCAUUUGCCGAGCUGUAUGGGCCGUAGGCUGUUAGGCAGACGCAAUGAUUAAUGUAACAUGAGUUCUUCACGGG